GCCAAAAUCUCUAAUUUCUCUCCCAUUUCUACUCAAUCCACCCCCUAAUCCCUGGUUCUUCCGUCGUUUCAGCUCUGAAUAAGCGAAAUAAGAGUCCCAAAAUGGUUCUGUCCGACUCAUUCUUCAUUUAAUUGCGUGUGUGAUGCGAGUGUUUUUGGUAGAAAAUGGUUUUUAGUGUAUGUGAUGUUCUUGUUUUUUGUCGGUGGUGGUGGCGGUGGUUUCGAUUUUAAUGGAUGCGGUGGAGUUGCCUCUUCCGGCUGCCGUUACUGUGUCCAAGCUCAUGGGAUCGGAGGGUUGUGGUGGCGUUGGGGUUAAAAUGGGGGAAAUAGAGAUUCGGGAAUCGGACCGCGUUUCAAUGCUCGUUACUCCUUCAACUGAAGCAGGCAGCUCCUUUCGCAGUCAAAGAGAGAAAACUCAUAUGGGGAAGCAGAAGAGUAACUCAAAUGCCAAGCGAGGGGAUAAAAGAAACGGUAAAGUUAUUAAGGGUAAAUAUGAUUCUUUCUUGCUAAAGAAUGGCUUGGCAAGCUUCAGCUCUACUGCUGGAGGAAACAACAAUCUUGGGGUAUAUGGUUCGAAAUCCGAUAUUUUUGAUGUCACAAAGCAUUUAGGUGAUUUGUCGUUGAAUGAGCUCCUUGAUGGCACUUACAAGUGUCCUAGUUUUGUGAAAGAGAAGGGAAAGAAAGCAGCCAAUUUAACUGAAAAUUUACUGCAUUCAGUCACAAAGGCUUGCUCUGUUCUUCAACUACGAAAGCCUGGGCAGCCCCAGAAUUGUGUGGAGGAGGAAAAUAGUUACAGCCGGAAGGUUUCUUCUGCUUGUCUAAUGAGCUCUGGUUCUUCUUUAGCAAGCAGAACUGAUGGUGAUAAAGGAGAUACCAAUGCUACAGAUCUGUCCUCAUGUAACAAGGAUCAGGAUUCUUGUAUCAAUCCGAAUUCCCAUUCCAAUAUGCUCAAUUUUCAGUUAUAUCCACCUAAAGAGAUUUUGGAGCGCCUUGAACUUCCUCCACCCAAGGAUUUGGACUCUUUGCUCCUGGACGCAGCAAAGCCUGUUUUAUCUUCAAGGAAUAAUACAGAUCCACGCACAGGCAAGACUGUGUCUCACCGAACUGGCUUGCCACCUUUUCCUUGGUCGCAUACUGCUGGCAGCCAUUGUAAAUCUUAUUCAGAUGCUGGAAAAUUAUCAUCAAGUCGGAGCACAUGCCAAGGUAGAUGGGUGAAAGUAAGGAACACUCUUAAUUAUAUUGGGGACAAGCCUGGUUUCGUUGCAAACUUGGAAUCAAUCACUUACAAUCAGAGUCUAGUUCCUUCAAGAGGUCUGACAGCUGGAGCUUCAGAAGUAGAAAAUGCCCAAUCCAAUAGCUUGAUCUCCUGUGAAAGGGGUCUAUCAUCUUCUGCAACAUGCGCAACUUCCCUGGCUCCUUCAGCUAGGCAUUCUCCAAGUCUAGUAGCUGCUGCUCAGACUCUGUGUGAGAUUGCAGCCCGUUCCUCGAAGCAAAAUCCACAUGGAGUGAUGAAUUGGCAGAAGAAACCUUCCCAAAAGGUCAUGAAAGCUUGCACGUCGAGAUCAAAUGACAAAUCUGAAAAAAUAUUUGCAGUACCAAAAUCUACAAUGGGACUUGACAAACUGGUCCAAAUUGCAGAUGGUGUCCUUCCGUCAAAGAAGCCUAGGCUCUCUGGGAAUGAGAAGAGUGAUGAAUUUGGUCAUACCAAUACUGCAAAGAAAAGGCCAAUAAAUUGGUCUACUCCCAGAUCAAGUAGAACAUCUCCCAGCAAAUCGCUCAAGGACACAAUUGGAGAAACAAAACAUUCUAAUUCCAACAUUGUAAAGAAACCAUAUACGAUGCCACCAUCGACAAGAGUCUUGGACACGGCUGGUAAUAACAGCCAGCAGAAACUGAGGAAAUUGAUGCCCACACAUUGGAAUAGUAGGCCAGGCAGCAAGCUGGAUUGUUGAUCAAUAUGGUUGCGAAAACGGACUUCUUGUACGUUCAUUUAAUUGCCAUUGAGAUUAUGCGAAAAUUCGUAGUUAUCUAUGUAUGUACAUAUUUGUGUUACAAGUAGGACAAGGAAUUGUUUUUAGGGUUCAUAUCAGGUUAGGGGGAACAGGUUUCUCAUGUUGUAAGGA